AUAUCCGGGACACUGUGAAGUACAAAGAAGUCAUGAAACAAUAUGGGCUGGGCCCAAAUGGUGGCAUAGUGACCUCCCUCAAUCUCUUUGCUACAAGAUUUGAUCAGGUGAUGAAGUUUAUUGAAAAAAGACAAAAUGCAUCCAAGUAUGUUAUUAUUGACACACCAGGGCAAAUUGAGGUAUUCACCUGGUCAGCAUCAGGAACCAUCAUAACUGAGGCCUUGGCUUCCUCUUUUCCUUCAGUUGUUGUUUAUGUGAUGGACACCUCUCGCAGUACUAACCCUAUCACCUUUAUGUCCAACAUGUUGUACGCCUGCAG